AUGUUUCAAGGAUACUAUGGACGUCGUCGUUUAAAAAGUAUAUUAAUAGGAUUUUUAGGUUUUCUAGUACUGAUAGUACUUCUCCGUCGACGUAAUGAACCAGAAAUUGUAUCACCUCCUACACUGCCACCUAGUACAGAAUCAAAAACUCCAGCACCACCAUUAGUAUCAUUUCAAAAAUCAGGUGUCUUAUCUACGAUUGGAUUUACAAAUUCUCCUUAUUUAGACUUAAAAUCAUAUCCAUCCGAUUUUAUACCUGUUAUGGUUUUAUCUAAAGCAACGAAUAUUGAAGUACGUGAUGCUAUACGACGUACAUGGGGUUUUUAUAGAUCAUAUCGUGGUAAUGAUUUACGAGUAAAGAUAUUUUUCAUUAUUGGUACUCAUGAUUUUAUGACACAACGUAUACUUAUGGAACAAAAUGUUUUUGAUGACAUUAUUCAAGUUACUGUACCAGAUAUGUAUUCAUUUGGUGCUCAUAAAGAGCUUGCUGCUAUGAUGUGGGUACGAAGUUAUCUACCAAAACAUAAAUUUUAUAUUAAAACUGAAGAUGAUGUUAUCAUUAAUAUGAAAACAUUAGCAGAUGAACUUAUCCCAAUAAUAGAAUCUGCUUACAAUCAAGAUCAUAUUAUUGGUUGGUUUGGUCACGAACAUGUUAUACAAAGAGGUACCUAUCAAAAAUUUAUUGAUGCUGUAGUACCACCAUCAUCAGCUGAUUUGAAUUAUGCAAUGAGUUUAUUAUAUGUUAUAACAGCAAGUGCUGCUGAUCGUAUGAUUGAGACAUUAAAUCAAGUUGAACUUAUUGAAUAUCCAGGUGAUCCAUUUGUUACCGGUAUUCUUCGAGAUGCAGCACAUGUUCAAAUCAAAAAUUUAGCAACAGCUGCACAGAAUUUUACAUAUGAAAUCGCUAAUGGAAAAUGUAGUGUUGCAUUUACAAAAGAUCCAGACUUGUUAGUAUGCACAUCGUCAUUACAUAUUGGUUCUCUUAAAUCUAUGCCGGAAUAUUUCACUGCUUGGAAUAUACUAAUCGGAGAAGUUCAAGCAUAA